AGGUCAUUAUUGAUGUUAUAACCAACCUUAAGUGGAGUGUCAUCUCUGUAAUCUACUCAGAUGACACCUAUGGCCGAGAAGGAUACGAGGAAAUCAAGAAACAAGCACUUGAAAAAAACAUAUGCAUCAUUCAAGCACAUAUGAUCAAAACAAGCCAUAAUGAAGUAGCCAAACUAUCAAAGAUUAUGAAAGAUAUUGUAGGUACGAUAGCCACCAGUGGCAUAAUAGGCGUGGUGUGUUUUGGGCAGGCAAGCACAGUAGAAGAAGUCUUCAUAGGAAUAAAAGGACUGGCAGAGAAAGAUUUUGGUCACUUAAGUGAUCAACUUCAGUUUAUUCUACCAGAUUCAGUAGGAAUUAACAGUAAUGUUCUCGUUGAUUAUGCUAAUAUUGCAGAGGGUGCGAUCACUAUAAGUCCAUAUAUAGAUGAGGUUGAGGAGUUCAAAGACUUUUGGGUAGAAAUGUUUUCUAAUAAUAGCAUGGUGUCAAAUUUGGCUGCCACAGAUCCCUGGAUAGAGGAGGUGUUUAUGUUACAGUAUGAGUGCACUAUCCCAACACAUCCUUUGAUUUCUGAAUUGCCAUUCAAGCACUAUAGUCGCACCUGUGAUGAAAUCACUAGAGAAGAAGUUGAGCGUAAAUUCUCUCAAUCAGGUUACACUGAGAGUGUGAUACACAUAGCUGUCACUUUGACGGAAGCAUUGAAAAUUGUUCGCCAAAACAUCUGCAAAAAGCCAAGUGGAGUAUGCCCAGAGCUGUUGAACAAUAAAAUGAUAUUAAGCAACAUGACAGACAUAAUCAAAAAGAUUAACAUUAGCUACACCAACAAAAUGACAUUUCAUCCAAAAAAGUACCUGAAUAAAAGAAAUAUACAAUUCAAUGCAACUACAGGGGACAUCCUGCCUGAUAAAAGCGUGCCUCAGUACUUGGUACAUAACUACAAGAGGUGUGGGCAUUAUGGAACACAAUACUGUCUUGAACGGGUAAAUAAAUGUCUUUCAAUAAUAAUUUGCAACAACAAAUUAUUUCACACAAAAAUGAAACCUGCACAUGCGGAAAUAUUUAAUUCAAAGAAAGUUUAGAGAGAAAGCAAAUAAAUAGCUACUUGAACUGGCUCAAUCCUUUACUCUUAUCCCCAAAUACUCAAAUUUUAAAACAUAGAAGUAACAUGAGCUGUCAUCAACAUACUUUUAUGCAA